AUGUGUCUUUACAUUUUUCUUCACUUUCUUGGCAUUUAUACGGCUGUUGCGAUGGAGAGUGGUAUUAUAGGAGGAAAAGAGGCUAAACCUCAUUCCAGGCCAUACAUGGCAUCAGUUCAGCAGAAUCAAGGACACAUAUGUGGAGGGAUGCUGAUUAGACAUGAUUAUGUACUGACAUCAGCACACUGUUUCAAUCGUAGAGAUUUCUCUGGUCAGAACCACUUUGAAGUUCUUCUGGGAGCACAUAAUAUCAACAAACAGGAGAAGAGCCAACAGAGAAUCCAAGUAGUGAAAUACAUUCGCCACCCUAUGUUUGAACAGAACAAAGACGACUACAGCUAUGAUAUCAUGUUACUUAAGCUGAAGACCAAAGCCAAGCUGAAUACAUUUGUAAAAAUGAUGGAUCUUCCUACAAAAAAUGAGAAAACACCAGCAAAUGUGAAAUGCUCCAUUGCUGGCUGGGGCUUGAAAAAACAAAAUGAAAAACAUCCAACAAGUCUACUGCAGGAAGUCUCUCUCAAACUGCAGGAGAAUUCGAAAUGUAAAGAAAAGUGGCAGAACCACUUUAACUCUGAGAGAAUGAUCUGUAGUGUUUCAGAUGGGAAACAUGCUUUUUGUCAGGGUGAUUCAGGAAGUCCUCUUUUCUGCAAUAACAAACCGCAAGGAAUUGCUUCAUAUACCUAUCCAGGAAACUGUACAUUUAGAGAGUAUCCUGAAGUCUACGUAAAAAUCUCCUUCUUCCUCCCCUGGAUUAAAAAGAUGAUUGGUAAAAAUUAAAUAUAUGAUUGAUUUGAUUUCUUAUAAGUAAUAAAUACAUUUUAACCACUUAAAACAUAUUUUAGGACUAAAAGGUUUCAUUUAAAAUGAUGUACACUCACAUGAGAGUCCAAUUCUCUCUCUAUCUAUCUCUCUCACUCACUCUCUUCAUGAUGUUUCCUCUCAUAGUGGCCUGGCCGCCAUGUUGAGAUCACAUGACUGAAUUUUACUCACUUUAUCUCAGUAUCCCCCUAUCUGACACUUUAAAUUAAUCUGUGAACAGGGUAUUUCUGCAAUGUCAUCUUUACUUAAACAGCCUCUGCGUGAUGCUGAAUUCACAUCGAAAGAUGCU